UUUUUUGUCAGUUUACCGCAUCAGGGGACACACCAACCAACCAACCAACCAACCAACCAGCCAGCUAUACUCUCAGCCGAUCCAUCUAUUCUUAUGCAGACUUUAGGUUUACACUAUUUUCAAGAUGUAGCUUCAGUAUUAAAUAAGACCACGAGUACAACUUUCUUCAUUUUUCUUUUACAACUACAUCUUCGUCUUCCCAUACCACCUGUAACAGUCAACUUGUCCCUUCACUUCAGGAACAGGAUUAGUAAAGUUUCUCUCUAUAUUUUUGUCUUUUACAGCUAGACUUCAAGUAUUACAGGGUUAGUUAGUAGUCUACUUUGCUUCCAAUCUUUUCCAACUACUUGCAACAAAGUACAGCAUGACACUAUAUUGAUACGUUUUCUCAUGAUAACAGUAAGACAAUGGACGAGCAGGAGAAUCAGCCUCAAAAGGAGGGCGCGCCUUGUCUCCAACAGAACAAUGCGCCAUCAAGACAACAGUUGUACUACAACAGUAACGACGACUUAACGACUUUCGGCAGCCAUGUACAGAGCACGGCUCGUUCUGCUUACACGAAUUACAUAACGCACCUGCUCGAUUGUCACAACAAGAAAAAGGAGCACUGCUCUAGUUGCCAGUGCAACAUCAUGAAGAAGGAGGAUCGCUCUACUUACCCGGACGUCAUGAGCGGGCAGAUGAAUCUGAAUGAUUCAACUUCUUACCGGGACAGCAUCCGUAAGAGGCAAAACGAUUUUGCUAGUGACCAGGACAACUCCGUGAAGAUGAAGAACAGCAAUGAUUUGACUUACCACUACCAGGACGUGACGAAGGAGAAUAGUGCUGAGCAGUUGUCUGUUUAUCAGAAGACUACAGCUUCAAUUUCUUCGAGUUACGAGAACACAAAUGAGACGAAAAACAACGACAAUAACAUGGUGGAGAGUAGUCCGCUGAUGGAUUUGCGCGAAUUCUUAAACAUUGACAACAUCACUACGCCUGAUCAUGGUGCAGAAGAAAAAAGUAGCCCAUCGCGUGGUAGGAUUUUCGACCACUCGAAGACGACUCUUCUCUCUUCUCCUAUGUUACAGCUUGUGGAGGGCCAGGGUGGACAGAUCAAUAACAAAGAGCUGCUUAUGACUCGCGAGCGGCAGAAUGAAGAACAGAACAACAGCAUGGACGUCAAUUGUUCCAGUGAGAUUCAGACGAUGAAGAACCUUCUGAGGGCGAUGACUAGUAGGGAUAGGCUUCAUAUUGGGACCCAAGCAGGAAUGCAGCCAUUACCACUGUCGAAUAGUGGUUCUUCAUCAACGCCUGUCGCGGUAGCGAGUGACAGACUCAACACUAUGGAGCGGCGCAGUCUUGUUAUUUCGCCUCCGAGAUCGCGAUCGCCAAGAGACGACCUUCAAGGUCGCGCUUUCGAGCACAAGAAGGCAGAAGCGAAAGUAAAGUCAAUAGUGUCGACUGAUGCGGGACAGCAAGACAAGGAGGACAAGGAGGAGGCGAAGUCACGCCAGGCUGCAGUGCUCUUGUUCCUUUCGCAGCCGGCUGUUGGGGCAGGGACCUCGCUAGCUUCCUCGGCAUUUUCGUUAGCAACAAGCCGCUGGAAGAGCCAAGCUCCUGUUGGGUCGGAAAAUUAUGACUCGGCUAUUCUUCAGAUUGAGUAAGGGGCCACCCGGUAUUUUUUCAGACCUAGUACUUUCUUACCUUUUUUUAGUUCUCAUAUAGUUGAAGAUAGUCAAGGCACUUAGCAGAGAGAUUAGCUGGCCCAGGAAUGAGAGCAAUUUCAUCUCCCCAAGGCGAUUUUCUACGCGAAUUAGUACUAAACACCUUAGCCGUGCUUAAUACACUUCUAACGAACGCAGUCGCCCGCGAAUUUGAAGAAACCUCGUCGCCAUUGUCGGCUUGCGAGGAGCCUCUCGCGCCCUGCGCGCUUCGUCGCUGCGGCUGCGUGCGUGCGCGUUGCCGGUGGGAUUCAUCAGCGACACAAAGGAGAUGACUAUGAAACGGAAGUGCUCACAUGGUGGACAGGCUGCCUCUGUCAAUACCCUCUAUUUUGUCUAAGGUAGCCCGAUUUUAUAUUACUACUAGUACCCGAGUCGUGGUCAGGUCAGCCUUCUAGUAGUCAAUAUUAGACUGCUCCCAAAUGGUGUCGUAGAUCGAUAUGUCUAAGCAGUAAAAACGAAAGAGAGCUAGACUGUCAAUGGGUAAUAAAGUCCCUAACGCAGUGAGCUAUGGCGGUAUUACCGUACGGACCAACCCCCUCUACUAUCAUACAGAGGCAGACGCAGGCGCGGCAGGUAGAGGCGAAGGGGAUGGAGGGACGGAAGGUGGGCCACCAGCCGGACUCGAGGGAAGCAAGGGAGAAGGCUACGACGGCAACGAGGUAAGCCGUGACCCCCCUUGGCUCGUGGAAGACAAAGGGGACCUGAGUCUUCGUAUCCAGUCCUCCCUCUUCGAUGAGGAUCUCACAGGCGUCACGAGUUCUAACGCGGCUUCUCUGCAAGACAACCCGUCCACAACAACAGCUACAGACGUUGAACAAAACGCCGAACGAGAUGGUGCUUCUUCUACUUCCCAAACCAGGCUGGAGCAAGGUGGUGACGGGGUGAUUAGUAGUCAAGAGAAAUCUCUUCCACCUUCUGACAGCGAUGUACUCGGUGUCACGGUGUCGGCGUCUUUGUCUUCAGGUUUCACACAAGAAAUUACUUCGACCACCCAGGAUUUAGCGGCCUCGGGCUUUCUCACUCCUCCAGAUCAACGCACAGUCCCCACAGUCAAGUACAAAGGCGGCAGCGUAAGUAAGUUGCCGAGCCCAGAGCAAUUAUUACAAAGAGAGGAACCUGGGCAACUGUUUAAAUCAGAGAGGUUGUUCCUUUUUUUCAAACGCUAUGCAGAGCUGAAGCAACCGCGACAAGCCCAAGUGUACAGGUUGGAAAAAGGUUACUUUAAGAACGCGUCCGUGUCCGACUUGAAGUCUUGCAUUCACGAUUCUCAGAAAUUUGCACAAGAUAAACAGGGCACACAAGCAACCGCGGCUAGGCCAGCGCAAGAACCAGCCGGGAGCGCAGAGCCAUCAUUGUCAUUCGGAUUGUUAGACAAGUGCUUUCUUUCUGCGCGCGAAGUUGCGCUCAUAGGCAUUGGGUCGUACGGCAGCGUAUGGGUUCCGAGCCCAGAGUGUAAUGCCGCCAGAAAGAGCAUUGUCGUGAAGCACCAGUAUGGCAGAGACGAUCACGAUGCCAUGGUCGAAGCGUGUUUUGCUAUGUUCGUUUCCUCGAAGAAGGAAUUGGCGCCGUUUGUUGCUCAAGCUCGUGAAGCUGUCAGUGUCAGGUUUAUUGACAAGGCGUCAUCAACAUCACGAACGGCAACGGGAGUCACUUCGACGACCCAGGAAUACAAGCCGCAUAGCUUCCUUGUGAUGGAUAGGUACAGCCGCUCCUUGCAGGACCAAGUACUACGCGAACAUGGACAAUCACCUCUCAAGGCAGGAAUCUCACUCAGCAAUAAUGAGGCGGAGCGACCAGUAGGAACUCUUUCUAGGGCUUCGCCACGAGUCCUGGAAGAAGCGUCGAUAGAAGUGGCGAAGCGGUUUAUCAAGCGAGGAAAGCACAUGAUCGACGGGGUCGUAGAGCUCGGCAAACUAGGAAUAGCAUCGCGAGACAUCAAACUGACGAACUACCUUGUCGACGAUGAAGCUGGCGAAAGUCCGGUUAUUACGGACUGGGGAUCUUCUACGGCAUACGGGGAAGAUGACUACGCGGAGCGGAAAGGCACUGCCGUGUAUCAAGAUCCGUUAGUCCGCCCAGUAGUGGAUGAGCUUGCAGACGGUGCCACGGUAACAUACCUGGAGAUGGAUGCGUGGGGCCUCGGGGAUGCUCUUCUGGAACUGUGGACCUCUCUGGAAGCAGGGAAUGAGAUUCUUCACCCAUCUAUCGAAAGAGUCACUUGGGAGGGCCCCGAGCGGCCUCUAGUUAUGAACCAUACCACCCAUCAACAUAAAGAUCAACUUACCAGAACCAGAAUCAACAAAGUGAAGCCUCACAAACAUCACGGUCAAGGAAUAGCAAGACCAUCACGACAGCAGUACUGAGACCAGCAGCAACAAUAACAGCAGCAACACCAUCAACAUCAUCGGCAUCAAGAUUAGAUCAACAAGAUCAAAGUCUAAGGGGCUCUAGCGUGUGAAGCAAGUGACUAGGCACGUAGAUGCUAAGAGUUGAGUUUCGCGAUCUAGUUAGCCUAGCCGGAUGGAGGGCAUUAAGCCGAAGGAAUCUCGAUGAUAUAACACCAACAAAAACCAACGCUCUUGCCUUCUGAUAUUUGCCCUGUGCAGGUGCAGAUCAUUAGCACUAGGCACAGGGCAGGGGGUUAGGUCACCUAUGAGGUUAGGUUAUGAAUGGGUCCUACUACAUGGGGCCGUGACGUCACCCAGAACCGUAGCCAUCGGGGCUCUUCUAAGUCUGUUCAUGUCCGUCCCACAAGGGAAAGGCAGCCCGCGACACCUUCUCCGGCGAAACAAAUAAAGGCGCACAAAAGUAGAAAUGUAAAACAAGAAUGCAGUAAGCAUCUCCACCCAGCGAUUCGUGAGUACUACUCCAAACAGAUAGAGGAGCUGCGAGGCACACGGACACGAAGAGGCACCGUCUUCUCUAAAACUGUGCUAGAGCUGCUUCUUCGCUAUCCGCUCAACUGCGCCCCGGCGAUGCGUAACAUGCACGACUUUGCGGAUCUCUGGCAAGACCUGCUGGUCAGUAAGAUAGAGCCAAGUGGUCAUAUGUUGAAAAACCUCAGCCAAGAAGUAGUAGAAGAGAUGGAGAUCCCUCAAAACGCUCCUACAGCCGAAGUGAGAAAGAUGCUACUGAAGGUAGCAGGUGCAGGUCUGGCAGACGAUACAUUACAAGCAGCGCCCAGCGCUAGCACGUUAAU